GUCUUGAGUGGCUAAAUAACUGCAAUUUUAGUUCUCUCAAGCCUUCUUCUACACACCACAAAGAGUUGAUGGAGUUCCUUAGGACCCUGGUAAAAAUUGUUUACUAAUUUGAGAAAGUUGGUUAUAGGAUGUUUAUUAUUUUGCUGUCAAUUAGUAUUCUUAUUUCAGUCUUCACUAGAAUAAAUAUAGUUCAGAAAUUUAAUAUAUGACUCAGUACUGUUUUUACUUGAUGUCCACAGUAGGUGUUGUUGGGAUUUACAUUUCCCUUUGAUCAUGUCUGAAUUAAGACAAACUGGGGGCAAAAAGUUCUCAUUGAUACUACCACAUCCCAGCAUCACUAGGGCUGUUUUAUAAAGACAUAUUGGUAAAAAUGUCUGAAGUGAGUAUCUACACAAAGAUUCCUGUGGUUUCUGCUGAUUCUUUAGUACGAAUUAAACACAUCUAAUAUGGAUAAUUGUCAUUCUUUAAGCAUUAACUUGCUGUCAACUUUUUCUAAGUAGAAAUGCGGACAAGUAGUACAGCCAGACCUAGCCAGAAACCAAAUUUAACUUCAGUGAAAAAUUCCAUGAUUUUGGAAAGCAUUUUCAUCCAAGAUUUGUCUGAAAAGUUGAACCUUGGAAUGUAUAUGUGGAAGUGGAAUUCUGUAAAAUUGAAUUGGCUACAUAGGUGAAGGAUGAUAUCUCAAUAAAUGACAGACAGCAAGUUUAUAUCUAAACUACGUAUAUAUAUGCAUAUAUAUGAUGUAUUAGUGUAAAAAUAAAAUAAGCAUAAACAGUAUCCAGUAGAUUGGUAUGGGUCACUUCCAUUUCAUGGUCUAAUUGGAGGACACAAACAUCUUUAGGCUAAAAUUGGCUGUAUUGGCAGAGAAAAACUCACUCCAAUAAGUGAAGUAUUUUCUCCUUUGGGACUAGCUUUUGAGUACAGCUUAAGGUUCAUUAAAUCACCUCCCAGCUUUUUUAACUCUUGAAACUGGCUGUUGGCCUUCCUGUCGCACUGGAAUCCAUUGAACGGAUUGCAUGACCUGCAGCCCUGCUUCGUUUUAGCUGUGUCACAUUGUGGCGUCAUCUCUGCAGAUACCAAGUCAUUAAUGUUCAUGCAUUGAAGAAGAUAGAAACAUGUUUGGCUUCCACCCGAAAAAUUAUUUUAUCCUCCUCUAACACUGGUGGUCAGUAUAAAUAUUGCUUUUCAUAAUCACGCUUCUCAAGGUUAUCAGAGACCACUACAGAUUGUGCUGGAUCUGGACAAAAUGAGUGAAUCCCAGGAAGUACUGUCUUUUAUUAGUCCUCUUAGUCUAGUUAGAUCCUUACUUAACAUUCUCAGAAGAGGGUAUAGCAAUUAUAACUUACCUGUGUCCGUUUCCUAUGUUCAUCCUUCUAGGUCUAGUCAAGCCAUGUACCUGAACACCAGGUGGCGGCAUUUGUUUGUGAAACACCAGAAUGUUGCCAUCUCAGGAAUACUUGGGAUAGAUCUAAAACCAAAUGGGCUUCCUAGCUCUUCAGCUUCCCCGGGGGUGUAGCAGUGCCUGUAAUCCUGAUUUCAUGAUAAUCUUUGUGGGCUGUAGAGCAAACCUUGCUUAAGAAUGAACAAAAUCAAGAAGAAAUGAUACUUCACUUCCUUCUGGAUCUCUCUAGUCAGUGUGGUGUCUCAUUUCCCUGUACUCCAAGUGGGACACCUUUUGAAUGGACGUCUUCUCUUCAUGCCGUUGAGGAUAGUUCAACCAUGGAUGUUAAAUCUCUUUGGGAUGAUGUGAGAUUACAUCUUCGGCGAUUUUUAGUUAAUAGACUGCAAAGUCAAGAAGAAACAAAUACCAGUGCUUUACAACAACAAAUGCAGUUUAAAACACAGUGCAUACAGCAGCUUUUGUUUCUUUAUCCUGAAUCAGAAGUCCUAACCAAGUAUCAAAAUAUGCAGAAUAAACUGGUUAGUGAUCUCCUACAGAACUGUCUUCUGUCUAGCUGUGGUGAGACAAAUUUUGAUAAGGUGGUUCAUGGUUACCAAAGCUCCAUACCUACAUUGUGCACAAUGAUAAAAGAGGAUUUGUAUAUCCUAAGUGGAGCUAUUGAUCCUUCUUCAUCACUGAAGUUUAUUAAUGAAACUUAUCUCCAUACCAUCACUGAAGAAAUGACAGUUCUUCUUGAAAGACUUUGUGAGCUGCAGUUCAAAGAAAAUGCUCUACAUGUAGUUAAGGCAAGCAAGAUUUCAAAGAAGCAUAGAGGAACAGUUCAUGCUGUAGCCUCCCAAGAAUACCACAAAAAAGGAAGAAACUUCUGUUUAACGUUGUAUCAACUCAAAUGUCUUUCUCAACUUAUUAAACUCUUUUUAUUAAUGGAAGAAAAACUUGAAGAACUAUCUGCAGAAAUUCUGUUGGUGCCUUCAUUUGCUGAAAAGAAUACGAAUGUUCAAGGAGUUCUGAAGAAAGCUAGUGGGGAGCUUUUAAUAGGAGAAACUAGAGCAAAUGAAACCAGUGUGCUUCCUGAACAGUUACUUCAGGUAAAAGAGCCUAUUUUACUGGAUUUUGGCUGGAGAAAUGCAUUUAAAGACCUGUCAUCUUCUGUGGCUCACUGCAUAACAAUAGCAAUUGAGGAUUUCUCAACUAAAAUUCUUCAACAAGAGCAGAAAGAGCAGUCUUCAGCUGCAGGCUACGCAAUGAGCCUUGUAAACAACCAGCAAAUGAGGGAGUCCUGGGGAGCAGUCCCGCAAGAGGAGCAACCAAAACGAAUUGCUAAGUUUUGUUCUGACAUCAUGGAAGAACUUGACACAUUGCUUCCAUUGGCUCUGGCAUGCAAAGAUGAUUCUCUUCAGGAAAUUAGAACAAACUUUGUAGAGGCCUGCAGCAAAGUAGCAACAGCUGUCCUGGCAACACUAGAGGAGAAAAGCAAAGAUGUUCCCUCCAAAGUUCCAGUGCAAAACUUGUACAUUGCUCUUUCCACAGCGAUACAUGUCUUUCAGCAUUUUACAAUGUAUAGCAAUUUAAUGAGAGAAACCAGCAAAAAACCCCUGUUCCUAGGGCCUGUCCAACAAUAUCAGGAAUUCAUCAACAUUCUGCAGUUUCAAGUUACGAACUACUGCGUCAGAGUUUGUGCUACAAGCAUUUUACAGGAUGCCGAGAGCCACCACUGGGAUGACUGCAAAGCUUUUUAUGAGGGGGAAAGAUGUUCAUUCUCUGUCCAGAUGUGGCAUUACUUCUGCUGUGCUCUUCAUCAUGAUCUAUGGACUAUUCUACCUCCCAAGUUAGCCCAGGAGAUUCUUACAGAAGUACUGGAGAAAUGUUUGGCUGUGCUGUCCUCCAGAUAUUCUCAGGCCUGUCCCAGUUACAAGAGAACUCCACAGAUCAGAAUUGAUAUUGCAGCAAUUUUGAUGUCCACUGAAAAUAUGCUCUGGUCAGUUUGCAGUUCAAUAGAGGAGUUUCUGAAUCCACAUGAAGACAGAGAUCUCAAGAUCUAUAAAAUACAUAGCCACUGCAACACUCUGCUCUCCGUGCUAGCUAUUUUAACUUCACCACUGAAGAAUUUGUAUGAGGCAUUUCUGAACAGUUCUGGUUCUCAAGAUUUUUCAAAAGAAAUUUUUGGUCAUCCAUUACACUGGUUAUCUUGCAUACCAUCAUCCUGUUCUUCCUUACUUAAGACUUCAUCAGCCAGAGAAAUGGCAGCCCAGGGUCAGCUGAAACUGCUGUUAUCCCAACCACACUGUAAUUUGAACUUGCUUUUGGAAGCUUUGCUACAUCAUGAUUGUCUCCUAGUGAGAAUUUUACUGAGGAGUUCAAGAAAUGAAAUGUUGAAUUGUGAUGAAAAAAGUUCUGUCUUAGAACAGAAAACAAAUAACAAAGAGCCUACUCUGAUUGAAGCAGUCUUCACAGUGUUGUCUUACUGUACUUUAUCACCCAAAUCACUUGGCGUUGCUUUUGAGACCUACAUGGAAAAGGAGAAUCUAUGGGAUUGCUUAUGUAACAUGACAGUUUCCAGUUGUGGUGACUCAGAGCCAGAGGUUAUCAGAUACUUGAAGAUGACUUUGAUUAAAUUGGUCAAGGGUAUAGUGAAGCAGAUAAUUUCUCUGAUGCAUUCAUGGGAGGCAACAGAAAACUAUGGAACAUAUCAGCACAAGCAAAUAGUUCCUGAAAGUUUACUGAAAACAGUUCCAAAGGAAUGGAAUUAUACACCUCGGGAAAUGAAGAGAAAAGAAUCUGGGAAAUGCUUCACAAGGCUUGCAGCUCAGGCAGUAUCUAUUGUAAUCAGCAAGUUACCUACAGUGAUUGCAUGUUUGCCUCCCCCAAUUAAGUACUUCUUUUUUCUGGCUGAGAGAAAAAUGUCAAGAAACUUUGUUGAAUUGAAGAAAGCUGGUCUGCUUGUCUGGAACUUGAUUGUAAUUAUAUGUCGGAUAUUUGAGGAUGGAAAUACUGCAGAACUUUUAACAGGUGCAACACUUGACAGAUGGAGCAAAGAAAAACUCAGUUUAGUUCGGGUGUGCUUAGAAAGUAUUAUGGGAAAACAGAAAAGUGGUCCUAACCAAGUGACCCAGAAGGUUAUACAGAGCAUUGAACAACAAAGACCAAACUGGAUUGAAAGCCAGUUGCUGAAAGCAAGAAAAUUGAGCACAGACUGUGCUUCAGUUGCAGUAGAAGGUGCAACAUUAGAGGAAGGAGAUAUUGCACUGGAAUUCACUGAGCAGAAAAUAAACAUGAUGGUCCUGGAUAUCUGCCACAAACCAGGUGGCAGCGAGUACCUGAGGCAAAUUUAUCACAUCAUCCGGCUCAAUGAGGAAUAUUUGAAAGAGCAGCUGUCUUGUGAGAAUUCCUCUGAAGAGAGCGUUACCUCCAAUCAAUGCUUGCCUUUGACACUGAAGGGCAGAGAAGAGCAGCCUGUCUUCAACCCUUUUGAGGUGCACAGCCAAUCUUGUGCGAAAAUGUUCAAUCAGUCAACCCUUACUGAAUGGAACUGGGAUUGGUCAAACUUGCUGCCAAGUUAUUUGGGACUGAAUCAGAUGACCUUCAGGGUGCUGCUGGCACACAGGUGGGAGAUGAGAGAAGGUGCAGAUCUUGAAGAUGAUGAGAAAGCUAUGGUGCAACACUUAAAAAAUGUUUAUUUCACACAGAACACUCCUACCUCAGAGGAUAAAGAAGAAUAAUUACUUUGACAGAUUUCGGUCCAAGGUAGCCAUUUUCUCUGUCUGAUGAAAGAUCCAGGCAAGAUGUUGGUAAGGCUACAAUCUGAGCUGCAGCUAUUCCUGUUCCCACUGCAGAAGCGUAUGUGCACUGCUUCUUCUCACAGAUGCUAUUAUGGACAUAACUCAGACCAUUUGAAUAGAGUGAACGCUACUUUACAAAGAUGUAACAAUGAAGAAUUGAGCCCAAUGUAUUCUUUUUUUUCCCUAAAGACUUCAGCAGCAUCAUGGGAGACCAUAAUAGUAAUGCUGGCAUAGUGUCUAAUCUGAAAUGCAGUUUUUCCUCAUCUUAAUUGGUCUUUUUUAUCAUGUAUAUAAAAUAUUGGACUAUUUAAAAUGAAAACGGGGAGCCCUGCAUCUCACAAAUCUCCAAAGAUCUUAUUACAAAACUGCAUCAGUGCAAGGGAAGUGAGGCACUGGUAUUUCAAAAAAGCUAAGAAUAUUAUUUAUAAAAAGAAGCAGACCUUUUCCUCUACCAUUGAGAUAGUCAUUUCAGAUCAUAAGAAAGUGUUGAAGGGUGAAAAAACAUUUUUUCCUUGCUUUGUAUUUCAGCUUUAAAAGAUUAGUUGUUGUUUUAAGGCUUAGAACAUGGCUACAGGGAUUGCCUAUGAUGGCAGGUACACUAUGCUGACAAAUGAGGCAUGCACGCUCCAAGUCAUACUAAUAAUGUGUCAGUGCAAGUGGAAGUUGGAGUACCUGGAAUAUUCUUUCCUAUUUUGUCAAAAUCUAUUGUACCUAAUUAACUUCUUGUGUAGUCAUAUAAAGUGAAUUUCUCUCUAUGUGGUGAAACUGGCUGAAAUACUUCUUGUGAAAAAGCUCCUCUUCUGGGAAACACUUUUUCUGAAUAGGAUAAACUUUGCGAGUGAAAUAAGGUAACUCAGAAAAAAAAUUUGCUCUGAAAUGGGAAUGUCCAUAUGGGGAGUUAUUCCAAACUGGUUAUUGUGCUUUAAAUUCACACCUCAUUCUGGAAUAACCUGAAAACGGUCAUGUUAAAAAAAAAUCUUUAUGCCCCUUCCUCCCUUCUCUCGCUGGCAGAUUAAUUCAGUAGUAACUCACUGGGUAGCACAAGGAUAAUUUCGUUUUAGCUUUUCUUAGUAGGAGUAUAUUUACAAUCUUUACCAAUGUAAAACUGACAAGAUAAAAAAAGAAGUGUGAAUAAAUC